GUAAGGGGAGUAACAUGAAACGUGGAGAGAAGGGAGUAGAACAACUGUGACGACAGUGCUGCAUCCUCACAGCCACCGAACGAAUUCAGUCUACCGCUGGACUUGACGAGUGAUCAAACUUCUAUUUUAUUCAUAAAUAUCCGCAUAAUAGCCCAUUCUAAUGUGCAAUAAUACCAUGUUAAAAGAGUUUAAACAUUUUUUUUCUUCCAAUUAUUAUCAUCGAUGUUGUUUCACCGUUGUGGAAUCGCUCAUAAAAUGAAGCAAACAUAGAUUGAGUCAGACGCGUAGUGAAAUUUGUUUGUUACGGCGUAUUAGUGAAUGAAGUAAGGGUAGCACAGUGCCGUGUGACCAUAAAAUAAGUUGGAAAAAAAAUUCAGUGAAUUUGGAAAAAUUGAAUGUAUUGAUUAAUUUUGCGGUGAAGUAUGUUGUACAUAUUGGGAUUAUACAAGUGAUGGAACCAUAAUGAUUUUGUUGUUGAAGAAAGUUGAUAAAAACCAGCAGUUUUCUAAGGAAAAUUAGGAUACAGUUUUGCACUCUUCGUCAUGAAAAUAUAGUGAACUCAUGAUGAAUAUGUUACUACCAGCUUGACAGCUGAUACUAGACAGGUCAUUGAGCGACCUUCCAUUUCACGACACAUUCUAACCUCCUUCUUUAUAAUAAUUCAAUAUGGAAUACUUUGGCAUGAAGCUAUUGUUCAAGUGUUGUGAGUUUAUCAUGAGGAUUUUAUAACAUUUCAAUAUCUAGUUUUAUCAUCCUGGCGUCGUCGCCGUUCAAAUGAAGCUCCGGCGUCGUUGCAUGCAGACGCUCGGCGUCUCCAUCAAGCAAUUGAGAAGAAAAUUAUUCGAAUUGGGCGCGAGGAUUCUCCACUUGCAGGCAGCGAGUGCCUGCGAUAUGGCUCUCGUGAUGCUGACUGUGAGUGCAGGUAUGGAGGUCAGGAGUGGAGGUCAUCGGGGUGGUCUUGGCGGUGGGCUAAAUGUUAAACCACCUGGUGUUGACAGUAUGCAUCAAGAAGCCAUGGUGGCGGUUGCGAGAGAUCGGGCCAUUCGAGCUGGCAGUGUUAGGCAUGAUCUGGCUCUUGAUCUGCCACCUAGACUGCAACUUCCUGAUGGAGAAGAGCAGCCUUAUGGUACACAAACUGGGCUACAUCUUCGUGAUCCCGUUCAGGAAAGUGAAAUUUAUCAAAAAUGUGUUCGACCUCCACCGAAUAGAACGAUAUUUGAUAGUGAGAGUCCACCGCCCUAUAGAAGUCAAUCCGGGCUUUUAGAUGCACCUGACAGAAUAGUACGUUGUCAUAGUGCUGGCAGUUCCCUUUUGAGGGUAUUUCGAAGGUUUCCAACAACAAGUAACAGUAGUGGUUCAACUCCCACCGGUGUAGUACCGCCAACGAGACGACCAACAUUGUCUAGUUACUCAGAUUCCAGCGGUAAUCUUAAUAAUCUCUCCAGCCUAACGAUAGUACCCUGCGAAGCAGACGAAACAAGUGGCCAUCACCAACAUCAGGAGCACGUCUGAUAAUGUCUUCUUCAGCCUUGUUUUCAUCUUCCUUGACAAUAUAUUACAUUAUUUAAACUCUCAUUGUAUUGUACUAAUGAGACAAUAUGGAACAUACGAGGAUUAUAGAGGCAUAUCAUCGUGCCUGCGCCGCCUACUUCCUUAGGCUCAUAAUAUUCGUCAUUACUGCGUUGACUUUAUUCCACUUUUCCGUAGCGAAGUGAUAAAAAGAAAACAAGACAAGUUUAGAUAGCUGAUAAGUUGGUAAUUACAUUUAUUUUUAAAUUCCUCCAUAAUUUAGUGAUGUUGACAAGAUACGUCUUUAAGAAUAGGAAAGCUGUCACAUCUAAUUAAAUUAUUUAUUGAUAUUUUCCAGGCGUAUUUGUAUUUUUUAUCACUUCGCUUCAGUAUUUAUGUUCAAUUGUGCCUAAAACUAAUGUUAGGAAUAAUUCAAAGCUCGGAGUUAAUUACUCGGCAUGGCAAUGGAGGAGACUGAGAUCCUCAAGACUGACUUUGCUUCAAACAUAAGACACAAUACGAUCCUUACGCAAGCACAUGAAAGUCACAAUUGUGAAUACUAAAUGAACUGAUUCGACUCGACUUUUUAUCAAGAUAAAAGCUUUUUUUUGUUGUUGUUUUGUCGAAUUGUCAUAAAGAACAAUUGAGAUGGAUCUUUGCGAAAAUUUACUGUACAGGAAAAAAAAAGACUUAGUAAAUUAUUUAUUGGCAAUAUUGCAAUUUAAGCGUCUUUACCAUUAUAUUUUCAUUAAACAUCUAUGAUAAGUUGAAAUAGGAGUUGAAAAGGGAACGCGAUAAAUUUCAAAUUAAUGCAUAGAAAAAAUAAAAAAAUAUAAAUAUUUAUAAAGUUGUAAGGAUGAGAAGAUUGAUAAUUAUCAAAGCAACGCAUCAUUUGAGUAUUUUUAUUUUGAUUUUUAGGUUUUUUUUUGUAAAAACCCGUGUAUUUGUACAAAUUGAUACUGAAAAGAAAUGAUGAAGUAGAAAGGGUGAGAGAUUAUAGAGUGCCAAGGCAAUGAAAAAUUGUACAUAUUAGGGUAGAUAGUUCAAUAUUUGGUGUAAUGAUUGCAAUUCAAAGUAUAAUAAAUAAAUAAUUAUUAGCAAUAUACUGCACCAUGUAAUGAGUCAACAUGGGAAGACAAUGAUGUAAGGUUGGGCAAAAUUGGCAAAUGCUAUUACAUUACAUACCUACGGUGUACGUGAUAGGUUCGAUGGAAUGCUACUGGAAUCUGCACUGUCAAAAUCCAACCCAAUUCAAUUCAAGGGAGCAAAAUCCCCGUUGAUUCCGAUAAUUCAGUUGGAUAGACCAAUCAGACACAUGAGGUUUCGCUAGGGCGUCAAACUUUUUUCUUACCAAUUCUAAAUUAUUUUUCAUUUUGAAAAAUUGGUCAAUCUUAAUUAGUAGGUAAAACCGAGAACGGUGUAAAUAUAGCUCUAACUCAUUUGAUGUACAAGGAAUAUUGUCUGUGUUUUUCAUGUUAUUUUUAUAUGAGGAUAUUCAACUCUGAUAAAAUUCUUUUAAAAAAAGAAAGAGGUGAGGGAAAUUCCAAAAUCAAUAUAAGUUAGCAAAACGGCAGAUAAUAUUAAUGAUCAUUUUUUAAAUUACUCUAUUUAAUGAAUACCCAUCCAAUAUUGUGGCAGAAAUCAACGUUAAGGAUAAUUUUCAGCUUCGAUAGCCCAAAAUCUUAAAAUUGCGAGAUAUUACAUGAUAAUUCUGUUCCAUGUCAACAGGAGGGGUGAGUUUGGCGGAUUACAAGGUGGAACAUGCAGUGCAUUCGUAAUAUUGAAUAUCUAGGAUUUCUAACAUUUAACAUAUGGUGAUAUAAAGUGUUCUAAAGGUUCUUAUGCCUUUUAACCAAUUAUUAACUGCGAUGAAUCGCUAAAAAACAAGUGUCAACAGACAUUUUAUUUAUUUUUAUUUUUUUUUUUGUUACAAAGAUGUUAAUUUGUCAAUGUUUCUGAAAGCGAUUUUUCAGGUAAAUAGAAAUUCAUUGUCAAACACUUUUGCCCUAUUUGUGUGCUGAUCAUCUCUAUAUGAUUCAGAAUCUGGGUUGAUUACGUUUUAGUGAUCAUCUACAAUUUGGUGUUUAACAAAUUAUUAUCAUGAAAAAAUUAAUGUAGUAAGUAUCCUUGUAUAUCGAUUGCGCCUAACAUACAUUGAAUGUAACACACUUUUUUCUAUUGUGAACGAAAAUAGACAAGAAUAUCUCCUUUUCCUAAUUUCAAUAAAAAUUAAUUAAACUGAUGAUCUGUCACGACAUUUUAAAAAGAACAUUCAAUUUCUUAUCGGUUUUACACGCAACUACUUAUUUCCACACUAAUUUCAUAUUUAGCAACAUUUCAAAAACUAUUCUAUUCGAUUGUUAUUAAGCACUGUACCAAAUGAUAAUCUGUCAUCUGUCAAAAUAAACAUUAGUCGUGACAGAGUGGAACACCUAUAUACAUGUGUAAUUAAUGCAAACAAUUGCCAUUUAUUAUUCUUUUUAUAUUUUUGCAUCUUAUAAUUGAAAAGAAUGGAAGACUGGAAGAAUGAAAAACACAACAGAUUAUGUCAAGUUGAUAUCCGGCCAGAUUGAUAUGUACAUUUAAAAAUUU